CCGCCGCAGCAGUCGCGCCUCCAUCCCCAGCAGUCGCGGGCGCCGCUGCCGCCGCCUCAGCGUCCUCCCGCUCCCUCCCCGGUGGCGGCGGUGGCAGCAGCGCGGUGGCCCCUUGGGCGGCGCUGGGAGGGCCCGGGCAGGGGGAUGGCAGAUCCGGGCGGGGCGUCCUCUGGCGCAGGCGGCGCCGGGGGAAGCUCCGCGGGCUCUGCGGCCACCAACCCGGCCUCGCUGCCCCCCGGCGAUGCUCAGCUCAUCGCCCUUAUUGUGGGGCAGCUCAAGAGCCGCGGCCUCUUCGACGCCUUCCGCAGGGACUGCCUGGCCGACGUCGACACCAAGCCAGCCUAUCAGAAUUUGAGACAGAAAGUGGACAAUUUUGUAUCUACUCACCUGGAUAAGCAGGAAUGGAACCCAACAAUGAACAAAAAUCAGUUGCGGAAUGGCCUGAGGCAGAGUGUGACUCAGUCAGGGAUGCUGGAAGCUGGAGUGGACAGAAUUAUUUCUCAGGUGGUAGAUCCAAAACUAAACCACAUCUUCAGGCCGCAAAUAGAGAAGGCAAUUCAUGAGUUCCUGGCUGCACAGAAGAAAGAAGAAUCGGUGCCAGCGCCUCCUCCAGAGCCUGAGAAUCAGGAUCCUCCUGCUCCAUCACAAGAUACCUCGUAAGUGCAUUUCUGGCUUUAGAGUGGCUGCAAUUGCAAAACCCAGGCUGAAACUGAUUGGCAGUGAGCUACAUAACUGUUGCAGGACUGCAGCUUGUCUGCUAAUAUCAACCAUGACUGAGGGAAAUGAUUGGUAAAGGUCAUGUGUGGUUUCUACCUGGUAUGGAAGAAUAAGAAAAUGUGAAGUAUUGCUCUGGGCAGAAGUAGCAUCUGUCUUUGCUAAUUAUGUGUUUGGGGUUUGCCUCUCUUGGAGGAACCACUGGGGGGAAAGGGUGUGAUUUUAGUGAAACUGGUGGUAGGAGUAUAGCAGUAGGAAGAAGGGCCUUUGAGGGGUACUUGGUUUCCUGGGAGACUGCUGUCUGCUAGAAAGCCUUCUAGAAAGGGGUUUGAAUAAAAGCAUUCAGCAUACAAGCAUGAAGCUGAUCACUUGUCAGCAAAAGAUCAUUGAGCACUACAUGGUAAAUCAACUUUAGUAAUAACUCACAGUGCCUGUUGUCACUGCAACACAACUCACAGUUGACACAACUGGAAGAACUAUUCAUUGUUGGUUUCUAGGAAUAUCCAGACACAAGCCUCUGGCAGAUUUCUUGGAAUGGUGUCUGACUUAUGUCACAGCUCAGCUGAUUUCCCCAGUUUAUUGGGAAAGUCUGACAAAGUGGGCGUGGUAUGAGAGGUUUCUUCGUAGGCCUUAUGACCGAGGGAAGUUCUCUUGUCCAUGAGAUUCUUCAGGUGCCUGUUAGAAGCUGCUUAGAGAGUCCCAUAAACUCUCAAGUCGGCACUUGUGCUCAAGUAUUUGGUUAGCAAAUAUCCAGAUGUUUUGUAAUAAAAUGUUUGAAAGGCCUUAGUUGUAUGAGGAAUUUUGUUUUGAUAUAAUAUCGCCAUUCUUAUUCCACAGAAAUGAUGUGCACUUACAUUGAGUUUAACUGAGAAGUUUACACAUCCAUUCUGCACUGCUUGAGUUGUUCAUGAGCAGAGAGCUUCAGAAAUCAUCAUGUUUUGAUGGUGAUAAGCUUACUGCAAGCAGUCCCCCUCCACCCUAGAUAUUACAGUCUCCCUUCACCCUAUAUAUUAAACAGUACUAUUGGGAUUGCUCCAUACAGAAAGUCAAACACAGGUGUUUCUAACAUGCUUUCUAAUUGGUGAGGUGUUACCCUCAAGGCUGUAGGAGAUAUGGAUAUAAGGUAAAUUGCGCUGCCCAGCAAACAUGUGUCCAGAGAUGCCAGUUAGCCAUGAGGGGACUCCCAUCCUCAAUAAACCAAAAUACUUUUUAGGGAAUGAAAUCAAAUCAAAUGCCAAGUCAUGGCAAGCCAGCGAGGUUCCCCAUGAGAAGUUAUGCCAAAUAGCCUGGAGGUUUGUCUUGUGGCUACUUGAGAUCUCUCCCAGAUUUCCAGCAUCAUAAGCAUGGCCAGUGUUCUUUAGUAAACUUCCCAAAUACUUGGAGACCAGUCCCUCAGAUUGGGAAUUCUAGUCGCCUUCUUGAGUUAAUUGCAAAGAUAAUACCAUCUCCUGUCAAAAUCCUAGAGGAAUAGUGCCUCAGCACAAUUCAGUGUAUACAUAGGUUUAAGAGCCCUAAAUUUGGAGCUAUGUAUUUUCAUGUAUGUAGAUGCCUAUAUAUGUAGAAUUUAUUUGCUGUGUAGCAGCAUUCUCUUCAAUGGAAUAAGAGACUCUUGGGUAUGAGCGCCUGGCACACAGUUAGUGCUAACUAAAUGUGAAGAAGUAUCUGUGUCAUUCUGAAGUAAGAACUAUUAGUCCCAAAUGCUUAUGAAAGUAUGUAGCAGAACUGUUGCAUGAUAAUAAGAAUGCUGUGAAGUCUUUAUGCAGGUUGAAUUCAUUUUGAGGAGAUUUUAGUUUCCACAAAAAAAACAGUUUAAAAGAUUUGAUAUUAAAUCA